AUGAAGAAGAAACAAAGAGGAGCGUAUGACUAUAGAUUUGACAAGAAUAUGGAGGUUAUGAUAGUAAUGUGGAAGGAUAACAACUGUGUAAAGCUCUUGUCAAACCAUGAGAUAGUGUAUCCAGUAAGCCAAGUAAAGAGAUGGAGCAAAGCUGAGAACAAAAAAGUGCAAGUUCCACAGCCAAGAAUGAUUUCAGAAUAUAACAAUCAUAUGGGAGGUGUCAACAAACUGGUCUGGAACGUGGAGAAAUAUCAUGUGAGAAUUCAAAGUAAGAAAUGGUACUUCCCAUUGUUCACCCAUUCAUUAGAUGUAGCGUUGGUCAACACACGUGUUAUCUACUGCCUUUCGAAGGAAAGUAUUCCACUGCUUCAAUUCUGGAGGAUGGUGGCAAGGGCACAUCUUGUUCAGUCAUCAGCUGCUUCUGAUCCGAAAAGGGCAGGACAUCCAUCAUACCCAAAAUCAUCCCUUUCAUGUGUUCCAAUUGAACUCAAGACUUCUGGAAACAGACAUAGGAUUUAA